CCUCCCGACCCGCGGGCCCCGACGGCCGAGCCGCGGGCUCUCCCGGUGCCCGAGGACGGGCGCAUGGCCGCCCGGGGAAGGCGCUGAGCGCGGGUCGCCUCGCCGCGGGCGGCACCAUGGCCCUGGAGCAGGCGCUGCAGGCGGCGCGGCAGGGCGAGCUGGACGUGCUGAGGUCCCUGCACGCCGCCGGCCUGCUGGGGCCCUCGCUGCGCGACCCGCUGGACGCGCUGCCGGUGCACCACGCGGCCCGCGCCGGCAAGCUGCACUGUCUGCGCUUCCUGGUGGAGGAGGCCGCCCUGCCCGCCGCGGCCCGCGCGCGCAACGGCGCCACGCCGGCCCACGACGCCGCCGCCACCGGCCACCUCGCCUGCCUGCAGUGGCUGCUCUCGCAGGGUGGCUGUGGAGUGCAGGACAGAGACAAUUCUGGUGCCACAGUCCUGCAUCUGGCUGCCCGCUUCGGCCACCCUGAGGUGGUGAACUGGCUGCUGUGUCACGGCGGUGGGGACCCCACCGUGGCCACAGACACAGGCGCCCUACCUGUUCACUACGCCGCCGCCAAAGGAGACUUCCCCUCCCUGAGGCUUCUCAUCGGGCACCACCCUGAGGGAGUGAAUGCCCAAACCAAGAACGGUGCCACGCCCCUGUACCUGGCGUGCCAGGAGGGCCACCUGGAGGUGACGCAGUACCUGGUGAAGGAGUGCGGCGCAGACCCGCACCUGAGCGCCCACGACGGCAUGACACCGCUGCACGCUGCUGCGCAGAUGGGCCACAGCCCGGUAAUCGUGUGGCUGGUGAGCUGCACCGACGUGAGCCUGUCGGAGCAGGACAAGGACGGCGCCACGGCCAUGCAUUUCGCGGCGAGCCGCGGCCACGCCAAAGUGCUCAGCUGGCUCCUGCUGCACGGCGGCGAGAUCUCGGCCGACCUGUGGGGCGGGACCCCGCUGCAUGACGCCGCCGAGAACGGGGAGUUGGAGUGCUGCCAGAUCCUGGUAGUUAACGGCGCGGAGCUGGACGUCCGCGACCGCGACGGGUACACGGCCGCCGACCUCUCGGACUACAACGGCCACAGCCACUGCACCCGCUACCUGCGCACCGUGGAGAACAUGAGCGUGGAGCACCGCGUGCUGUCCCGGGAUCCAUCCGCUGACCUGGAGACCAAGCAGCCUGACUCAGGCAUGUCCUCGCCCAAUACCACCAUGUCGGUCCAGCCGCCGAACUUUGACCUCAGCUCACCCACCAGCACCCUCUCCAACUAUGACUCCUGCUCCUCCAGCCACUCCAGCAUCAAGGGCCGGCGCCCUCAACAUGGGCUUCCCAGCCCAAGAGCCGCAGAGAUACAGAGCUAUGUGGACAUGCUCAGCGCAGAGCCGGGCCUGCCCCAGGGCAAGAUGGAGGGACCCAAAGCACCUCCACCGGCACCCAGCUUCCCUCCGCCUCCCCCACCCCCAGGCACCCAACUGCCCCCACCCCCGCCAGGCUACCCAGCUCCCAAGCCCCCUGUGGGGCUACCCGCAGCUGACAUCUACACACAGACUAAGAACAAACUCCGCCACGUGGAGACCGAAGCCUUCAAGAAGGAGCUGAGCUCCCGCGACGGCCGCAGCGGGCUGCGGAGGCAGGACUCCAGCCGCAAGCCCCGCGCCUUCAGCAAGCAGCCCAGCACGGGGGACUACUACCGCCAGCUGGGCCGCUGCCCCCGGGAGCCGCUGGCCGCACACCCGGGCAUGGCGCACAGCGAGGAGGCGGCGCUGCUCCCCGGGAACCACGUGCACAAUGGCUGCGGCGCGGACCCCAAGGUGUCCAGGGAGCUGCCCCCGCCCCCGCCGCCGCCGCCGCCGCCCCUGCCGGAGGCCCUGAGCUCGCCGCCGCCUGCUCCGCCUCUGCCCUUCGAGGGCGCUGGCCCUGGCUGCGGGCAACGUCGCUCCUCCUCGUCCACUGGCAAAGUGAGAGUCCUGAGGCACAGGAAGAGCACCAAGUCUUUCAACAUGAUGUCCCCAACGGGUGACAACUCGGAGCUGCUGGCUGAGAUUAAGGCAGGCAAGAGUCUGAAGCCGACGCCGCAAAGCAAGGGUCUGACCACGGUGUUCUCAGGCAGUGGGCAGCUGGCCUCCCAGCCCGAUUCGCCGCUGCCGCCGGCGUCGCCUGUGCCAUCACGGGCCCGGAGCCCCACCCCGCCAGCCACGGGGUCCCAGCCACUGCUCAACGGCAGCGUGGCACCUGCGCCGCCCGCCACCCCUGCGCCAGGCUUGCAGCUGGACGUGGAGGCGCUCAUCCCCACUCACGACGAGCAGGGCCGGCCCAUCCCCGAGUGGAAGCGCCAGGUGAUGGUGCGCAAGCUGCAGCUGAAGAUGCAGGAGGAAGAGGAGCAGAGGCGGAAGGACGAGGAGGAGGAGGCCUGGCUGGCCAGCAUGCCUGCCUGGAGGCGGGACAUCCUGCGGAAGAAGCUAGAAGAGGAGAGGGAGCAGAAGCGGAAAGAGGAGGAGCGAAAGAAGCAGGAGGAGAUGCAGCGGGAGAAAGAGCAGUCGGAGAAGCUGCGAACGCUCGGCUACGACGAGAGCAAGCUGGCGCCCUGGCAGCGACAGAUCAUCCUGAAGAAGGGGGACAUCGCUAAGUACUAGAUGCCGGCUUCUGCUCGCAGCCUCGCGAGCUUCGGGGGUCCCCAGCCCCCGCCCUGGCCUACCCGGCCCGGGCGGAGGGGCUGGGAGCCGCGCCGCCCUUCCCUCCCGCGCUGGAACCCUUCUUGACCCCUUUUCCCCGGACCCCCGCAUCCCUAGCCCCGGCGAGCUGGAGCGCGCCCGCCGCGGCAGUCGCCCAGAAAAAGUGCCCGAGCUGUUGACGCAAAAACAUGCUGCUUAUUUGCAUGCCUACUUACAUACAUUUGCAUGCUCGUUGAAUGUCAAAGUGAGCAGAGCUCUCCCCGGCCCCGUGGGUGGUGACUUUUCCUGCGGAGCGCGCGCCCGGCUGCCGCCCCCUCCCUCGCACCCCGGAACCCGCGUCGCUGGCGCAUCCUGCAUCCUGGGCGGAGGCAGGCCCCGCGCUCCGGGAAGGGGUUUUCCUCCCUCUCUGACCCAGAUUUGCGCCCGGCCCAGACCCGGCCGCAUUUCCCAUCCCCGCCGAGGAUUUCCUUUCAGUCAUUUGUUUACCAGAAACGAUGAAAACUGCAAACUGCCCGUGAGGACAGAGUUGCGGCUCUGGGCGCCCCACCUCUGCCCCCACCCACCUCCAGUUAAGUCUGCGCGCCGUCCCCAGCCAGGCCGCGCGCUCCCCCGACCCUUUCACUGCCCUGGUGGAGUGAGUGGAGGAUGAAGGACCCUGAACCUGUCUCCAACCGCUGCCUCCUUGGUCCCCGCGCCCCUGCCAUCUCACACCCCUAUUAAAGCUCUCUCAGCCGC